GUAACCAAUCCGCGACAGCGUGUCUUUCGUUUCUAGUAGACCUGUGAUUAAUGAAGGGACUAGCGGAGUUUGAAUCAUAUCACAAAAGGAAACUCCGAUCCGCUACCUUUGCUCUCGUGUCGCACGCACACUAGUACCACAGCGACUAUGCACUCAUUCAAGUUAACAUUCACGGGAAGUAAGCAUCCCAGACAGUCAGAUACCUCGACUUUACCUCUCAACAAUUCCGACACAUGGUUGCCUUCCUCGCGAUUCUCACUGACGAGACGAUGUACACGUCUUUUAAUGGGUUUGAUCUUGCUCUCCUUAUUUCUCUUUUUCUCGCGCACAAAGUUAAGCCUGCCAUCUUGGCCGCAGGACCAGUCGGAACACCACUCUUUACCACCCUUGUACGAAGAAUAUCAUGACUAUGAACGACGCUUGCCCCAGCAUAACCUUUCAUUGCCUUUCCCAGAGGGACGUGAUGCAAAGUUUUUUUGGGCCGCCAACCAUGUCACUCUUUCGGGUUGGGGAAAUGCCAUGCAAGAGCUUGUAAUGAAUGCAGCGCUGGCUCAUGCAACUAAACGAGCCUUCGUGUUCGAUAAUUUCACGUGGGACCGAGAUGCUCCCGAUUAUUCAACCUUCAAUGGCAAACUCAUUCCUACCCGCAUUCCUUUGUCAGCUAUCAUCAGUGGUCCCAUAAUAGGCUCGUCGUUUCCUCCCGGGGAUGCUGCUCCUCGUGCUGUCUCACGCGAGUACUUCAAGAAAGUCUGCCCUAAUCCCACAAUCAUUGACAGCAGGAAUUUGAACGAGCAUCUUAGGCUGGACGAUAACGUACCUGCUCUGUCGAUAUUUGAGAAGUGGGUGGAUGAAUUGAAUUCCAUCGACGACCCAUGCGUCGAGAUAAAAGUCGAAUCAUAUCAACUGUUUGAGAUCUGGCUAUUUGGUUCGAAACGCAUACUUUCAAUGUGGCCCAUCCUAUCCAAUUCGCCUAUCCUCACAGAUUUUUCUUGGUCUCCGCUUAUCUUUCAGGCGUACGCGGAGAAUGCUCAUUUGUUUGCGCCGACUUCCUCGUUCUCAUUCUUCCCCUCGUUCAUGCGCCCUGCCAGUCAGUCACCGACUCCUAAAACAUUACACGACGUCAAUCCUAUCGUCAAAGCAACAGAGGUGGAUACUAUACCUGGGUUACUGGCUCUUCAUAUUCGCCGAGGCGACUUUGCGGGUCAUUGUUCACAUCUCGCCAACUGGUCCUCGAAUUGGAAUGGGUUCAACCAGUUUUCUGCUCUCCCCGAUAGAUUCAGAGUCCCUACGGAUGGUGGUUGGGGCGUGACCACGGAGGCAAACACGAACAUGUACUUCAGAGCGUGUUUCCCAACGAUUGAGCAGAUCGUCGAGAAAGUGCAGAACGUGCUUGCUGAUCAAAAGCGUCUAUAUGGAUCUGCAAAGGAGUUGAAGAGCAUAUACGUUAUGACGAAUGGAGACGUAGAGUGGCUGCAACAGCUUAAGGAGGCCCUCAUGCAGGUGAAGAAAUGGGAUGCUGUUGUCACCAGCAGGGACGUGAAGUUGAGCUGGGAGGCAAAACCUGUCGCACAGGCCGUGGACAUGCUGAUCGGUCAAGGUGCUCAGGUGUUGAUAGGUAACGGGUUUUCCAGCCUGACAUCUAACAUCGUGAUGUUACGCAUGUUAAGGGACAUUCCCUCGGAAGAUACUCGGUUCUGGUGAAGAUCGUUCCCGUUUAUCUGACGGCAUCUCCCAACCUUUGGGAUCACUUCGGGUUAUGGCAUCUAUUUGUCUGGCCUCCCCGCGUUACUACCAACCCUUUCACUGCAGCACAUUCGUCUUUUGUAUUAUUGCUCAGUUAUACCUCUUUUUAUAUACCCUCGAUGAUAAUUUCAUCUUCUAUCCAGGACUUGUCUUAAGGCCGUACUUUCAGAUAGUGGGAAAGCUUUGCCCGUGAGUCUAGACUGUUCGUCUCGUCCCUAGUCCAGACACAGGACUGGGGGAAAAGGGGCGACUCAGGGCAAACAGACAAAUUUCAGAACCGAGUGAAAUUCGGCAUGUAAAUGAUCCGGGCAGACAUUUCAUUAUAUUUAUUCCGGACAGGCACAAUUAUUUAUAAAU